AACAAAACAAAAAGUACGAUUACAGCUGCUGGUGCUCUACGGAAGCGAUUUGAAAAUCUUUUGAUAAUUAUCAUAAAAAUAGACUCCUGCGAUGGCCAUUCCCAGGAUAAUGGUCUUUCGACCGACCUGGGAAGAAUUCCAGGAUUUUCCCGGUUACAUCAACUACAUGGAAUCGAAAGGAGCCCAUAAAGCCGGUUUGGUGAAGGUCAUUCCCCCAGCGGAAUGGAUUCCACGCAAACAAGGCUAUGACUUGAGAAACAUAAACGUUACCAUUAAGACGCCCAUCUCGCAGGUAGUUUCCGGCAUGCAGGGUCUAUACCAGCAGCUUAACAUUCAGAAACGUUCGAUGACGGUGCAGGAGUUCUACGGCAAAACCCGCCAGGAACGGCAUGCCACACCGAAACAUUUCGAUUACGAGGAUUUGGAGAAAAAGUUUUGGAAGAAUGUUACCUACGUUGCCCCUAUUUACGGGGCGGACGUACCCGGAAGUUUGACAGACUCGGAUGUUAAAGUUUGGAACAUCAAUAGGUUGGGAACGAUUUUGGAUUACGUGAAUGCAGACUAUAAUAUUUCCAUUGCGGGCGUUAAUACGGCCUAUUUAUAUUUUGGGAUGUGGAAGACCACUUUUGCGUGGCACACGGAAGAUAUGGACUUGUAUUCGAUUAAUUUCCUACACUUUGGGGCUCCCAAAACGUGGUAUGCGAUUCCUCCCGAGCACGGAAAGAAAUUGGAGAAAUUAGCUGAACGAUUCUUCCCGGCAAACUAUCAGGAGUGCAAAGCAUUUUUGAGGCACAAGAUGACACUGAUUAGCGCACAGGUUCUAAAGCAAAAUGGAAUCCCUUUCAACAAGAUCACACAACAGCCGGGUGAAAUAAUGAUAACAUUCCCGUAUGGUUACCAUGCUGGCUUUAAUCAUGGCUUCAAUUGUGCGGAAUCCACCAAUUUUGCUACCGAACGAUGGAUUGAGUACGGGAAGCGAGCUUCGGUGUGCAAUUGUCGACCUGAUAUGGUCAAAAUUUCAAUGGAAACGUUCGUGAGAAGAUUCCAGCCGGAACGGUACGAGCGUUGGUUACGUGGUGAAGAUUACGGCUAUCACCCUGAAGACCCGAACAAUUACUGCGCUGCGCCGAAACCACGAUCACUACCAAAAAGUGUUAGAAACAAAAUGCAAGAGCAAAUUCAGGAACAAAAACGAGGCUGUGCUCCGAUUAAGGUGGACAAAAAAAAAACUCCCAAAAAGACAGAGAAACCAAAGGAAAAAUUGAAAUCCAUUUGGGAUCAAUUGGAAGGGCGAGAAGGUGGUUUAGCGGAGAAUCUGUUGCCAGAUGGUCCCAUUAAGAACAGCCACCGAAUUCGGUUUCAAACGCGCACUAUCAGACUGUUGGAAGAUUGACUGAUGCAGACUGGCGUUCAGGAACAGCUGAACAGGUCGCACUAUAGCGUAUAGUGAUCGGAAAGAGUGCAAUCGAGAAGCAUUUGUAAGUUGGGUUAGUCGGAUGAAAAAUGUGAGUUUUCUUCCCUCUGGUCAUGAAGGUUAUUACGGUAUGUUACUUACUGUUUAUCUAUAUCAUUUCGAUUUUGUUUUAGUUUUUGAGUGAAUUAUCGGUUAGAUCUCAGAGUUAGCUCUUAGAAGCAGUAAUUACUAAGUCGUUGAUCUGAAAUUAUUUAAAAUAAUAUCGAUAAAUUUAAGAGAUUUGUCUCUUAUUGCAA